GUCCGGAGAUGUUUUCAGUAGAGUGGAUGCAGCUGUGGGGAGUGGCCAGGAGGUGGUGUAUGUAUCUCUUGGGACAGCUCUCACGGGCAGCCACAGCGAAUUCGGGUGGUCUGGUACUGCAGGAAGCGCGAUGACAGGGAAGGAGCUGUGCCAGGCGGUGUACCGAGCAGUCUUUGCAGAGCUGGCUUCGACAAAGCUGAUGAAUCCAGCUCCCCUGAUCGUUGUUUCAACAGGUGUGCAACCAGAUGCCCUGGAAGGCAUCCAGGUGCCAGACAAUGGCAUUUGUGCUCCGAGUUUGCCGCAGGUGGAGCUCUUGCGCAGAGCGAGACCUGUCCUUUUCGUCACGCACGGAGGUCAGAACUCCUUCAUGGAGUCGUUGACGGUCGGCACUCCAAUGUUGGUGUGUCCUGGCUUUGGCGACCAGCUGGCUACUGCUGCUAAGGCCGAGCAGAUGGGGCUGGGUCUCAAAGUCGACAGGCCAAAGAAGCAAGAGGAUGGUUCUGGCGAGGUCAUCUCCAACUACGAAGCCGCCAUAGCGCAGGGUCUUCAAGAAAUGCUUGGGACGGAACGGUCCAAGUUUGCUAGCGCAGCGCAAUCUGCAAUGAAGGAGCUUGAGCAGGCCGGUGGCACGGAAAGAGCUGCCCAGCUUUGCCUUGAAGUUGCAGAGGCAGGCAGGGCAAGAUCCUGA